CAGCCCAAUGUAGCCACAUGUCGUAAUACCAGUCGGUGGCGGGGGAAAUGUCCCAAACCCCCAAUUUGCCCAAACUGAUGGGGUGCGUGCGUGUGUGUUGUCUGGAAAGCAAGGAUAACAGCUCCGACUCGGCGGUGUCAAUCAGCGUGUGUUGCUCGCAAUUUCAAGCUGUAAUAAGCAAGCUAAACUUUACCAGCCAAUAUAUUUACUGUUUUUAGACGCAGAACAGCGAUGGACUGUGGGGAUGUUCAGUGCACUCCCCUGGUCUUUCUGACUUUCCUUCAGCAGCAGAGCUGCAGCAGUGCGGAGCUCCGGAUAGAGCUGGACUCUUUGGCUCGGGAACUGAAGCUAACCCAGGACAUAAACGGCAAUAGUCUGGGUCUUAACAACCACGAGGAGGGCGAGCUUCAGACAGAUGGACACUUCUGCAGCAGCAGUAGGAUCUUACUGGAGGGGCUUGAGCCUCAGGCUGCGUUGGCAUGGCCCGAUAACCCUGCCGAUGAAGAAGCCCUCAGAGGUGUUGCUGCAGGGCUGAUUGAAAUAGCUGAUCAGUUUGAGCGUAGUGUGAUGGCCCAGGCUGCUGAGAAUCUGACCAAAAAACUGCAGAAGUAUUCCAUUGGGCUGUGGAAGCACCACCUAGCCCUGGAAGUGGAAUGGGUGAAGAAGCAGGGCCUGGGCCCCGUGCUGGACUAUCUACCACAGGAGAAGGUGAUCAUGGCCCUCACUCUGACCCUGGUGAAGGGGGUGUGUGAGCACGCCCCCCUGCUGCUCCGUAAUCUGUUCAGCACAGCAGUUCAGUUCAUAAACCCUACCGUGGCCAGGUGACUUCAAAACAGACCCCAAACUCUACGGACUCCCCACUCAGGACGUACACUGAGCCUGAUGCUUGAUUACCAAUCAGUAGUGAGUGGGACAUUUAGUUCAGGGGCACAUUCAUUUUCUUAUACAUUUACGGAGCAGCUUGUUAACUUCCAAUCAUUUUUGUGAAAAGAUAUGAAAGUGUUUGCCGCUGGAUUUGGAAACCUCAGUGCUUUAUUUGACCAGUUCUGAUACUGAAAGGGGUGGAGAAGUGUCAUGCAUCGUCUGCUGUUUUCACUUCCACAUUGUGCUUAAAUGAUUUCUGUAACAAUACAUGGCUUCCUCAAAAGGGAUAAAUCCCCUUUUGUUUUUGUUAAAUGCCUUUUGGUUUGUUUUAUGCAUAGAGAUUCAUUUAAAAUAAACUUAAGAAUAAUAAAAUGUAAGGGAGAACCAUUUUA